AUGUUUUACUGGAAUUCACGGAACGCAUUAUUGUUUAAAAGAUUAUUAUUUGUCGUGAUAUUGGCCGAUGUGAAAGCAUUUCGUCAGCAGCCGAGUGCAGAUUUUGAGAAGGACGUGAUAACCGAAAUAGAUGGAUCAUCACUGCUUGCAACACGCGGCGAUCUUCUUAAAGAGCAUUCCCUUGUCAAGCCUUAUGAAGGAUCAGCAUGGCUCAUGGCCGGCUUUGCACUAAUCUCCAAUCAGUUCGUUCGACUUACCCCCGACCAUCCUGAUCGAAUGGGUGCAGUAGCUGAUGUUAUGCCAUUCAAUUACCGAUCCUGGGAAGUGGAAUUGACGUUGAAGAUCUACAGUCCCGAUCUGCAUAAACCUGGUGAUGGAAUGGCGUUUUGGUAUGUCAACGAGAUUGACAGACAAGGACGAGCGUUUGGCUUUCCAGAUCUUUUUCGUGGUUUGGGAUUGUUCAUUGACACGAAAAAGCAUGACUUCACCGACGCGAAUCAUAAACAUCCAUUCAUAUCGGCAACAGUCAAUAACGGCAGUAUGCAAUACGUUCAUGAUGCAUUAGGAACACAUUUGCAACUUGGUGGUGAAAACGGUGGUUGUUAUGCAUCGUUGUACGGUGAUCAGUACGACCCAUCGAAAAUUCUGAUACGUUAUGCUGAACGCACUCUAUCGGUAUUCGUAGCGGAACCUGGCGAAAGUAAUUGGAAGUUGUGUAUGGAAUCUGAAGGAGUUAUCUUGCCUCGGGGUUAUCACUUCGCUGUUUCUGCGUCAACCGGGAUGAAAACUUCUGAAAUUCAUGAAAUCAUUUCAAUUCGUGUAUUUGCGCUGGAAUCGGUCAGUAGUGAACAAGAUUUUGAAGAUGAACGAAAUGUGAUAUUCGCCGAUCAGAUGGCACCCGAGCGUGUCUAUGCUGGUGUAUUCAAGAAAGAAUUUGAUUUCUUUGGAACAAUUUUGAUUUUUCUAUUGCCGAUUGUUGUAAUUGCGCUCAUAUUAACGUUCAUAUUUGUUCGAGUCGCGGACAGUGUGAGUGUUCGUUCGAAGAGAUUGUUUUGA